AUGUCGCAUCCAACUCAAGGACCUUCCACCAGCCAGUCAAACUCAGCUCGUUCUACACCCCAGCCCCCAGCGAGUCUCCCAGCGAGACCUCCUCCAUCUGCCGUAUCUCAACCUGCGCGCAAUGUCGCUGCCUUCAGCGGUUUCAAGCCGCGCAACGUCGCCGCUGCUCCGGCUGGCCCAGCUCCGUAUGCUGCGACAAACAUGAGCUAUCCUGCCCAGUACUCGGCGGCCCCAGCUGCGCAGUCUUACUACCCUACAACAUACUCAGCACCGGCUGCCAACCAGCCGUACUACGCUGGCGCCGGCGCUUCCUACCCAGGAGCUGCUGCUGCCGCCUAUCCUGCUCAAACGCACACCUACGAUCCCGAGUUGGAAGCACAAAUUCAACAGUGGCAGAGCGCGUACACGAACAAAGAAGACCCUUCAAAAUCAGCUAGCAAGGGUGCCACUGUAGGCAACGCGAACAAUAUCCCACUUGGUGUCAAUAGAGCUCAACCUUCUACUUCCACUGUCUCUGCUGGACCCGCUGCGCCUGUUGAUACAUCAGGCAAGCAGAAGACCGUCCUCCGUGAAGGCGGCGGUCAGAAGUGGGAAGAUCCUACGCUCCUUGAAUGGGGCGAUCAUCCGCGUCUGUUUGUCGGUAACCUUGCUGGUGAGGUGACUGACGAAUCUCUGCUCAAGGCAUUCGCCAAAUAUCCAUCCGUCCAAAAAGCUCGUGUCAUACGCGACAAGCGCACCACCAAGAGUAAGGGUUUCGGUUUCGUCAGUUUAGCCAACACCGACGAAUUUUUCCAAGCUGCCAAAGAAAUGCAGAACAAGUACAUUGGCAGUCAUCCGGUCUCGAUCAAGCGCGCCGAAACCGAAAUCAAGACUGUAGUUAAGAAGGACAAGGACAGGCACAACAAGAACAACAAGAACAAGAACCACAAAGACAAGGCCAAGGAAGAUAAAGGUCCACUUGGAGCAAACACUGGCGCUGGUAUUCAGAAAAAGCAGACCAAAGCCUCUGGCGGUGGCCAAUUCAAGGUUAGUAACAAACCCCACUACCCCUCUAAAUCUGAUGCUAACGUCCAUCUGCAGUUGCUUGGAUAA